ACGAAUAUAUCAUGAUUGUCGCGUGAAACUGUCACUCCCCCUCUCUCCAAACCACCGGUUAGCGCUGCAGUCCUGCGCACAUGUAUGAUUCCAGCGACAAAUCCGAACAGGCCUGCUUGUAUUAUUCAGAAGUGCUGAUUCGCUAAGUAGUGGUGCGGAUUGCGUCCUGCGUUGGGAAUCGUCGAACAAAACACCCUUGUAUACGAGUGAGGGGGGUUUUCGUCCGCAUAUGAACAGCCAGGGUCUUCUUUGCUGCAUCUUGUAUACAUGUACGUAGCAUUGCAGCCAAAAACCCCUCCUCAGCGAGACCGCCAAACGUCGAAGCGAGGGGUUUGCUGAUAAUGUCUGUAGGAGUUUGAGCUUCCGUUGUGUGCUCAUUUGCCUUUCGGUCCAUCGACGUGCUGAGUUCCAGACCGUAACCUCCAGCUCAAGACUUUUGAUUGCAGGUUCAUCAUGGUCGCGACGUCGUACUCGGGCGGGGCAAUAGCUUUGGCCAUCGUCACUAUCACCCUCUACUGGUCCUAUCGAAGGAUCAUCCCCAAGCCAAUCCCUGGUAUCCCGUACAACCAAGAUGCGGCAGACAAGUUGCUCGGGGACAUCCCGGAGAUGAUGCGCUAUGUGAUGCGCACGAAGCGCAUCUUCUGCUGGCUGACAUCCCUCACGGUGCGCCAUCAGAGCCCUAUCGUCCAAGCCUUCAUCAAGCCCGGUGGUCUCCCCUGGGUCGUCGUGACCGACCCCUUUGAAAGCCAGGACAUCCUCCUGCGCCGUAACAAAGAGCUCGAUCGUAGCGAGUUCUUUGGCGAGCUGAUCAAUGGCAUCUUGCCCGAGCAGCACAUUCAGUUCAUCUCAACCGAUCCACGCUUUAAGAAUAACCGCACCCUGAUCAAUCACCUCAUGGCGCCUACCUUUAUCCGCGAGGUCAGCGCGCCGGAGGUGUUCAUGGCGACGCAGGUAUUGCUCAAGCUGUGGAGGAUGAAAGCAACUAUGGCGAGGGGUCAUCCCUUUUCUGCGCAUGACGAUAUCACCUUUGCAUCGAUUGACUCCAUCUUUGCGUCUUCCUUUGGUCUGACAGAGGGCGAGACCACCUCCAUUCAGCGGAUCAAGGCCCUGGAGAGCUUCAAGAUUGAGCUCCCGAACUCCAGCGACGAGCCGAUAUCCUUCCCUGGUGGAUUUGUACCUGAUAUCUUCUCCGCCGUCAUGACGCUGGCCAACUCGGUCACCGACACGCAGCUUUCCCCCUUUCCUGUCUUUACGUCCUGGGCGAUCCGCAAGCUACCUUAUAUGCGAAAAGCCGAGUCUAUCAAAGAUAAGUUCAUCCUUGAUAAGGUCAACGAGUCAGUCGCACUCAUCGAGGCUGGAGGGGAAAAGCCCAAGAGUGCGCUGCAUUCCGUACUCCUGCGCGAGCGUGAUGUGGCUGCCAAGGAGGGUCGCACGCCGCAGUACCGCAAACGUGCCAUUGCAGAUGAAUUCCUGGGCUUUAUGACGGCGGGUUAUGACACCUCCGCCACUACCAUCGCAUGGGGCCUGAAGCUCCUGACCGAUAACCCUUCGAUUCAAGCUCUUCUUCGCGACAAGCUUCGCUCUGCGUUCCCCGAAGCGGCGAAGGCGGGUCGCACUCUAACUUACGCGGAGCUCAGGGACACUUCGAUCCCCUACCUCGAUGCCACCGUCGACGAGGUCCUUCGCCACGCCAACACCAUCGCGUUUGUCGCCCGCCAGGCUCUUCAAGACACGAUUGUCCUAGGCCACAAGAUCCCCAAGGGAACGAACGUCUUCCUCAUGGCCAACGGCCCGGGCUAUCUGGAACCACAUCUGCCCCUUACCGACGAGGGCCGCAGUCCAGGUGCGCGGAAGCAAGCCAAGUCGGCCCUCACAGGGGCAUGGAACGACGAAGACAUUGACCAAUUCCUCCCCGAGCGCUGGCUGGAGCGAGGUGAAGCCAGAAAAGAGGUGCACAAUGCGCUGGCGGGGCCCUCUCUGGCGUUUGGGAUGGGUCUUAGGGGAUGUUUUGGGAAGAAACUGGCCCUGCAGGUGCUGAGAAUCCAAUUUGCGUUGAUUGUAUGGCACUUUGAGCUGCAAGAAGUGCCGAAAGAGUUGAGCAGUUACGAGGCGGUGCAGAAGUUUGCGAGGGAGCCGACGCAGUGCUAUGUCCGUCUGAAGGAGAUAGUAUGAAGAAGUUCGAGGUUCAGAAUGGUUAAGCGUGCAGACAGUCAUGCAGUGUGCAGUGCGACUGAAUAUUGCAUUUCAU